GAAUUAAUGAUUGUCCAAGACAAGACUGAAAUACGGAGUCAACUCUGGCGUAGGGAAAUAAUUCCUCGCUGCAAACAUGGAGCCCUCUGAAGGUACUACGGAUGUGGUGCAUCCCGAGGUUCGGGCGCAUAUAAACAGUCUCGCCUCAGCUCUUGGUGGUUUUAGUGCCGACGACGAUGGACGAUACGUACUCGGAGACUCCGCAUUGGAGGUUCUUAGGGAUAUUAAGAAAUGGAUUCGAUUUUACGACGAGAAAACGAACCGAAUGGACGUUGCGCGAUGUCUUGCCGAUGCGAAUAUAGUUAGCGGCGAUUUGCUGCAUAUUCUUGCGACCUGGCCCGAGAAUGAGACCGACAAUAAGUUUAGGGCGAGAGCUGCUCUAGCAUGCUUUGAGAUAAUGGUACCGCUAACCUGGCCAUUGGAAAGAGAUCGUGAUCAGAUGACCGUCAACCACCAUCGACAUCUUCCGGUGCUGCAGCUCGCCCAACUUGGUUAUAAGCGUGCUAUUAUCAACUUCGAUGCCGCCCAGAUUCUCCACACUGCUGUACGAAUUGCAUUACCUUCUAUGGCCUUAUCCCGAAGCGAUCGAUCAGGACGCGACGAAGGAAUUAUCAAACUGGUCCUACUGUUUCUACGGAACGUGGCUAUGAUAUCACCACCACCGGGCGUUCAAUAUGAUGGUGACGAAUCCCAGAUCUCGCGCUCAGCUCUAAUCGAUGCGUUUUCCUACCAAGACAUCCUUCUCACGAUUUUAACGAUAGCCUCGAAUAUGGGAGAAGAUUUCAACCAGGAAGGCGUUAUUAUUAUGGAAAUUAUUUUCCAUUUGGUCAAGCGAGUCGAUGUCACUAAGCUAUUCAUGGAUGAAAAGCAACUGGGCAAGGCGAAAUCGAACGAACUUACGGCUAUGAUGAAUAAAGAGGCGGCAAUGCACCGGCCAUACAAUCGAAAGGCGCCUUCCAGACAUAAUCGAUGGGGAACUAUGAUUUGGGUGGACCGAGGUGACGGCAAAGUUUCAACCGUCACUGGUCAGGAUGCCUUGCUCGAUGCAGCAACUAGACAACAUAAGAUGGAUAAUAGCAAGGUAUAUCGCCCGCCAAGGAGACCCAGGAAGGAAGAUAUGGAACCAAAGGAUCUUGGACCGCCGGUGUCACUUAACACUAGGGCACGUGAGCAGCUUAAGGGCUUUGUAGAAGAAUUUCUAGAUUCGAGCUUCAACCCCCUUUUCCAGCACGUCCGAAAGAAGCUCGAUGAACAGAAGGACUACAUUUUCGAAUAUCACUCCCGACAGUUCUUCUACUUAGUGUCGUGGUUUUUGGAAGCUGAAAGAGUGCGAAAGAAGAUUGCGAAGGAUAAAGCGAAGAACCAGAAAUCAACAAGUGAUGAAGAUGUUGGUUCAUUCAACCUCGUUGCUGGAGUCCUCAACCAGCAGACGUUCAUCACAUUGAAUAGGGCCAUUGGAGAUUCGCUAGAAAGCAAACGUUGGCCGGAAUUAUGUGCCGCUAUGCGAUGUUUUACGCAAAUUCUUCUGACAGUACAAGAAAUGUCAGAAUCCGGAAACGAGGAAGACGAAGAAAUCGCAGAAAAUAUUCUUAGUCGUAUUUUCUACGAAGACGAAACGCAUGACAGAAUUGCGAAUAUUGCGAGAGAUUAUAAGGAUCAAGGGUUUGAAUACCUCGAUGCCUGCACCGAUCUUACACACACUUACCUCCGCGUUCUGGAGGCUUACUCGAAACAAAAUGUGGAUAUGCAAGUGCGGUCACGACGGCGAGUUCGGAAGAAGAAGAAGGCUGCGAAUACCGCUGGUGAAGAUGAGGAGAAUCCUGUAGAAGGAGACGAAUCCGAGAACGACCAAGCAAAUGCAGAACGAGUAUCACGCGAGCGAAAAUUCGACUUCAAUCGUUUCGUGAAUCGCUUUACCCCUCAAGGCGUAGUGGAUACGUUCGUUAAAUUCACAAAAUACUAUAAGGACCUAGACGAUACCCAGCUCAAGCGAGCGCAUCGCUACUUCUAUCGCAUAGCAUUUAAGCAGAACAUGAGCGUCAUGCUUUUCCGCGUUGACAUUAUACAACUAUUUUAUAGCAUGAUUAAAGGCCAGGAACCUUUAGACAAGGGUUGUACAAUGUACAAGGAAUGGGAAGAGUUAGUGAAGCAGAUUCUGAAGAAAUGCAUCCGCAAGGUUGAAGAGCGACCCCAGUUAAUCAUCGAAAUGCUGUUUUCGAAGAUCAACGCAACUGCACAUUACCUGGAGUACGGGUAUGAGAAGCAGACUUUAUCUACUUCCCAAUCGAAACCAGCGGCCGAGUUGGAGUUCCGACAUCUCGUGGGCCGAGAUCAACAGAUUGCCAUCGCCGUUGGUGUGUUGUUAGAUAAGAAUCUGGGCGAUCAUGUUACUUGGCUUAAAGGCCAGUUAUCCGCCGCAGAAACGGAAAGGAGAGCUUGGGAAGCAGCAGAGAAGGCGAUGCCAUCGGUAGAAGCUCCACCAGUGGAAGGGGGUGAGAAGAGUAAUGAAAAUGGUGGUGAAAAGGAGGGCGCAGAAGAAAGUGGGAAUGCAAGUGAACAGCAAAAUACCGAAAGCCCACCACCUAAAGAGCCCCCUGCCAUUUCUAUACGGAUGGAUAAUGAUGCUCGUCGUACCGCGAUGUUCAAAAACUCUCACCUCCGACUUCUCAUGAAACUCGUUGGUAUCGAACGUCUCGUCCCAGACAUAGACGAAACACCAGAAUCAGCCUGGAUCAUCCCACCACACCAGACGCCCGACCAGCUGAAGGAAUCCAUAGACCUGAUAAACAAGGCCGAGUUCAACCCACCGACCUUCGAAGACGGAAAACUAGCCGAGGACCAGCUAAGAAGGAAAACCGCGCCUCGAAAGAAAGCCGUAUUCGACGACGACGAAGACGGGAUAAUCAACGACGAUGACGAUGAUGAUAUCCUCUUCCCAGCAGGCGGCCCCACCGCGCGCAAAGUCGCGGACGGCAACCUCGAUAAGCCGAAGAAAACACGGCGUCGCCGCCGCAAGGGCAGUGAAGCACCCGAGCUCAACGAGGAUGAACUAGAAGAGAAAGAGCGGGCGCGCAGGGAGCGCGAAAAGGCUAAGGCGAAGCGGUUCAAGAGCGAGCUUUACGUACAUGCGAGCGACGACGAGUCGGAUGAGGAAGAAGGCGGGAAGUGGGCGGAGUUUUACGCGAAUGAGGAGAGGAUUCGGAAGAGGCAGCAGCAGAAUGCUGUUAGGCAUGGGGCUGGAGGGGUUGUUACUUCGGCGGCGAAGGUGGAGGGUGGGGAGGCGGGGAAGGUGCUUGUUAAGGAGAGGGUUUUGGUGGGGAGUGGGAGUGAGAAUGAUGAUGAUUUGGUGUUGGGUGGGGGGUCUGAUGAUGAUAGUGAUGAUGAUGGUGAUGGUGUGGUGAAGGGGAGGGGGAGGAAGAGGGGGGUUGGGGAUGAUAAUGAUGAGGAUGAUGCGAUGGAUGAUACGCCGGUGUCUAGUCCGCGGGCUGGCGAGGCGAGUGCGAAGCGCAGACGGUUGUCGAAAGAGCCAUCUGUUGCUGUUGAGGAAGGGGAUGUGGAUAUGGAGGAUGCGGACGAUGAUGAUGUGCCGUCUUCGAAAGCGCCGCCGAGACGGCGGAGGGCGGGGUUUGUUGUGGAUAGUAGUGAUGAUGAGGAGUAAUGACUACGGCUGGGUAGGGUACCUAAUAGGGAAGAUUGCAUUGAUGUGGCGUUAUGGCCUGCCUGGGAUGGGUGGGAUGAGUGUAAAGUGUGUUUGUUGCAUAGCAGGUCGUUUUUUGAAUGAGAUUUUAUGUUCAUGGCCUUGAUUCAACGUGGGUUGUGAAAAUAAUAUUAUGGCACAGGCAAGUAGGUAGUGAUAGUGAAUUGUGUU